CUAGUGACGUAUUUUUUCAGUGAAUCAGUUUUGCUGCGGGAGCAAGUGUGCUCUUGGAAUGUGAAAUUAUUACGGUGAUUAAUGUAAAGAAAGUUUUUUGUCGAUACAAUUAAUUCAAUCUUCACGACAUUGGCAUAUUUCUUAGUUUUUCAUCAACCGCAAUUAAUUAAAUUACAAAAAUGGCUUCUCAAAACGUAGACCCUCGUUUACCUACAACGUCGGUUGAUUCCAAGAAACGAUCAGAUCUUGGAAAACCUGAAGGAGCUUGUCAUUCGGUAAAAAAGAGAUUGCAACAAGAAUUAAUGUCAUUGAUGAUGUCAGGCGAUAAAGGAGUAUCAGCAUUUCCAGCUGAAGAAAAUAUAUUCACUUGGAUUGGUACAAUUAAUGGAGCGACAGGAACAGUUUAUGAAGGUUUAACUUACAAAUUAAGAUUGGAAUUUCCCAGUAAUUAUCCUUAUGCUCCACCGAGUAUCCACUUUACCACGCCUUGUUUCCAUCCGAACGUUGAUGAUCAUGGAAAUAUAUGCCUUGAUAUAUUAAAAGAAAAAUGGACGGCAUCAUAUGACACAAGAACAAUUUUGUUGUCUUUACAAUCAUUACUUUCAGAACCAAACAUCGACAGUCCCCUAAAUACACAAGCUGCACAACUAUGGAAAGAUCAGAUAGCAUACAGAAAACUUCUUCAUGAAAAAUAUGAUGUUGAUGUACGAAAAAAAAGAAGUUAAUAAAGAAUCUCUUUUUCAAUAACUCUUUCUAAAACAUCUUAAUAAAAAUUAGGACUGCUUUGUAUUUUUAUGUUUAUUAAAGCUUCACUAUGCUUACUUUGUUAUUGUUUAUCAAAUGAAUUGUAUUUAAUUUUUUCAGGAGUAAGUAUAAUGCAACUUUAAUAAUCAGUGCUUGUAUUAAAUUAUUUUUUUUACAUAUUUUCUAUUUACUUAUUUAUUAUGUGUAUACAGUAUUGAAAAAAAUUUGAUUUUAAAAUGAAUUUUAUCUUUCAUUAAUCAUUAAAAGAUUGGUACAGUGUAAAUGAUUGUGAUACAUUUACACUUCAAAAAUGUAGCUCUUUUAUUUAGCAAUCAAAUUCUCAUUUGUAGAUAUUCGUUUGAUUUUAUUUUAUUUUAAACUUUUAUAUGUUAUUCUUAAUGUUUUUAAACUU